AUGCACCGGGAACUAUUCUUUAUUGUGGUCUUUUGCUUAUUUUUUGCGACUACUGUAUCGAUUCGAUGUUAUACUGGCACGGAUAACAAAUGCUUGAUAGCACCUGAAAACAAAGAUUGUGGUGUUCGAGAAGUUUGUACUUGUGUAAAAUAUGCUUAUAAAUGCCUUCACGGAGAUGUGUCUUGCAACCACCAAGAACAAUCAGCAAAUAUUACGAAAUGGGAAUACUUAAUAGUUUCGAAAAGCGUUUGUAAAGCAUUACAAAAUCCAAGAAGCGGUGUUACUGACGUGACCUGUUGCUCGACGAAUCUAUGUAACUCACCAAAUGAUGGUGUAUGCACAUGGUCUUCUGGUCGUCGUAGAGCUCUACGUAAAUUCAAUCAACUUCUGAAGAUUGAAUGA